GAGUGAGGGAGGCUGGAGCUGAAGGCGCUGCUCAGAUUAUCGCUUGUUUUCGGCGUCAGACUCCACCGCGACCUUCUCCCUCCGCCGCAGUUAGCGUCGCAGCACCGGUCGCCGGCGGACGAGCCGAAGCCGCGGAGGCGAGACGACACAGCGGACCGCUUUUCGGGAGGAUGUCUCGCAUACUUGUUCCGACGUAGGGGGAGUGUGCGGCAGCCAGUUGGCUUGGAUCGUUAGCUAGCUCCGUGAGUGGAGGGCUCCGGGCCCUCCUCAGCCUAAAGUAGCUCCUGCAGCUGUGCAACACACUCUGCGACAACGGCCGCUCGACAACUGGACAGCCGGGACGUUAGCAGGCCGGUCCGGACCGACGGGGAGCUCCGGAGCAGCCGCCGUACGGGCUGCCGAUACCCGAAGCCGCACCGCCGGACGAGACGACACGAAGUGCGGCGUUGCGUUAUGAGCUCAUGAGACGCAACAGGAGACUGAGAGAGGAAGAGGAUGGCGCAGAUUCAUCUUGAUUACAGUUAGGUCGGCUUAAAAACACAAGCAGGUCUGCGCUGAAUAUGAUCUAAGCUCUGAGGAACUGCAGCCAGCUCGUCUCUUUCUGACGGAGGACAAACAUAGCCAUACGGGACCGGGAACCAGGCGGACAAUAUGUCGAAAAUGCCGGCCAAGAAAAAGAGCUGCUUUCAGAUCACCAGUGUGACUCAGGCCCAGGUGGCGGCGAUAGGGGCCGCCGACGACACGGAGAGUCUGGAGGACCCGGACGAGUCACGGACUGAAGACGUGUCGUCGGAAAUCUACGACGUGUCCCGGGCUGAGUACGAGCCCGCGUGUGACAGAAGUUCGUCCGAAGAAGCCCUGAAUAAUGUCGGGGAGCCGGAGGCGGUCAGUGCUGCGGCUCCAUCCGCCGUACCUCCAGCCGGUCAGGUGUCCGCGCUGUCAGGCAGCAUCUUGGGGGAGUUUCGAAAAGUGGGAGUGUCGGCCUCAACUCAAGGUGGUCAGCAGCAGCAGCAGCCGGGGAUCGGAGGUACAGCUGGUUUACCGCUCGUCCCUCAGCAGCAGCAGCCUGCAGCCAGUGCUGGGCCAUCCGGUGUGUCAGUAAACACAUCCCAGCCUGCUGCAGCCAUCAGCUCCGCUCCCCCUCCUGCCACCUCCACGGUGAGUUGCACUUCACGGUUCAGGGUCAUUAAGCUCGAUCAUGGUACUGGAGAACCCUUCCGACGAGGCAGGUGGACGUGUACAGAGUUUUACGAGAAGGACUCUGAGGGCUCUGUUGUUAGUAGGACUGUAGAUAGCAUUAGACAUCCCAGUGUGACACUGGACCCUGCUGCGGACAGAGACAGCGGGCUCGGCCUUACAGGUGGAUCUGUGGUUGCCCCGGCAACACACUCAGGUCAGGGUUUGGGCUCCAUGGCGGAUGCUUCUGGCUCGUCAACUCGCAUGCAUCCAGCGGAGACACUACCGCAGCAGCUCCACCAUCAGAACUACAGCGCCCGGCAGCAGGGUGUCAGUGGAUCAGCCACACACAGUACUUUUUCCAACAUGAAACCUGCAGCUGUCCCUGCUCAGCCGGCGGUGGGAGGUCUCCAGCCUCCUGCUACCCAGAACGUGCUGCCUGUCGGACAAAACGGCCUGCCUCAGUCUGGGAUCCACAUACAGAAGUCCCCCAUCAUGCCUCCCUCAGCCCAACCCAUUGCUUAUCCUCCCCAGCAGCAGCAGCAGCAACAGGUUCCUGUGGGCCUCCAUCUGACCAGCCAGUUGUCUGGACUGAUGCAGAACCAGGCUGAGUACUAUCAGCAGCAGCAGCAGCAGCAGCAGCCUACUUCCAUGCUGCCAGGGCUUGCCACUGGCCAGUCCCUCCCAGUGUCCAGCCUGUCUGCAUUACCGCAGCCCGUGGGACAAGGACCCAGUGCGGUCAUGCCUCCAGCCUCUGGAGGGGCUUCUGUGCCAAGUCAGGUUGGAGAUGUUGCCGGAGCAGGAGGAGGAUCUGUACCUGCCGGACAACCAGCUCCUGCCGUCUUGCAGCAGCAAACUGUAGGACUGGGAGGUGCCGGAGGCUCCAUACUGGUUGGUGGAUCCGCUCUGCAGCAGCAGCAGCAGCCUGUGGGUCAGUACACCGCUGCUGGACAGCCUCAACCUCAUGGCCAUCCUGCAUCCUCCGGUGUACAAAAUGUGCCUGCCAUCACAGCGAGUUCCAGUGUGCCCGCCACUGUGCCCACUGCUGUGCCCAGUGCCUCCAGUGCAGCCAUGCCAAAUGUGACAACCUUCAGUUUGCCUCCAGGUCAGAUACUCCACAGUAAGACUCCAGUAGCUUUGGGGGCACAGGGCCUUCCAGUGACUGGGUUUGGACAGGUGGAGGGUGCUGGUGGUGGAAGGAAGUCAGAGGGACUCGUUAACGCACAGUUUCCAAUUAUCCCCGGGAAGGAACCGGUGAAGCCCUUCAUGCCUGAGAGCCUGCAGCUCACCACUCCGACUGUCAACAGCCUAUUUGGAAUCCACAUACCUGUCGACGGGGAGGAGGACAGGAACCCCUCCAAGGCCUUCUACCAGGCCUUCCAGUCUGGCAGCAGAUUAAGAGACUCAAAGGCCCACAGUGAUAGUGCCUCUGGAACCAACGUUGUUGCCAUCGAUAAUAAAAUUGAACAGGCAAUGGACCUGGUGAAAAGCCAUCUGAUGUAUGCAGUGCGCGAAGAGGUGGAGGUGUUAAAGGAGCAGAUCAAGGAGCUGUUUGAGAGGAACUCGGUGCUGGAGCGGGAGAACGCCGUGCUCAAGUCGCUCGCCAACACCGAGCAGCUGUCUCAGCUGCCCGCCCAGUCGGCCGCCGGCUCCGGCGCCACGCCCCCGCAGCAAGGACUCAGCCAGCCUCAGCAACAGGCCCAGCAGCAGCAGCAGCAGCAGCAGCCGCUGCCGCCGCUUCAAGCUCCGCCUCAGCCGCAGCCUCCUCACCCCCAACUCCAGCACCACCCCAAACCCCAGCAGCUCCAGACUCAGCUCGACCCGGGCCAACAGCAGCAGCAGCUGCAGCCCAACGUCACCUCCGCUUGAAGUGCAUCUGCCCUGCUUCACACAGGGCAGGAGAAAAAAAAAGAAAAGAAAAAAAGAAGAGCAUCUUCUCUGCAACUUAUUACAAUUAGUGUAUGUGAAAUUUAAAAAGAAGAAAAAAACAAACUGUCUUCUUAGCCACCAGCUUGACCACAAAGUACAGUGCUCGUGAGUGUGUGUGUGUGUGUGUGUGUGAGCGAGCGAGCGAGUUAGCAAGCAAGCGAGACUGUGAAUUGAUGUUUGAAUGUAAGCGUGUGUGUGUGUGUGUGUGUGUGUGUGUGCGCAUCUGUACUGUGGGCCUUUCCAGUGUUAAUGCAAUCAUCUAGCGAGAGAGAGAGAGAGAGGGAGGUGGAGGGACGAGGUGUGGAGCGUCGGGGAAGGUCGGUUUCCAUUUUUUCCAUCUUGGCUGUGAUCCUGGAUCGAUGGACUCGUGCUGGGAUAAGAAACCAUCCUCCUGACCUGCUCAAAGAAGCGUGUCUGCUGGGGGGAGGGAGGGGGAGGUGAGGGACAGACGGGGGAGUGAUUGUCUAAAAGAGAGCGAUUAUUUUUUUAAAUGAAAUAACUGAGUGGGUAAAGGGGUAUUUUUAGCCUUGCUGUUUCAUGUUGUAAAGUCAGAACUGGGAGAAAGAAAGCGAGACAGACAGAGUGUUUAUGGGAGCGCCACACCGCUGCCGUUACUUUUUAUCGACCCUUGCAUCAUCAAUCUUUUGAGUUCUACUGUUAAGUGUUUUUUAUUUAUUACAGGGCUGCUAUUUUCAUAAAUGAACAAUUUCAUGAAACUUGUUUAACAGUAGCCCUUUUUUUUUUUUCCUCUUUUCUUUUACAGUGUUUCAACAGAUCGGCCGCUCUUGCCAGGCAAUGCUAUAUAUUUGUUAAAUGUAGGCAAAAAAAAAAUCUGACAGAUGUUUAACACUAAUGCAGAUGUUACGCUGCCAAUUCACAGCUCGAUCCAGUUUGAAUGUACAUUUUUGUAAAGUAUUAAGAGCCUCGAUGGGCGACGACUCUUCAUCCAUCAGAUUUUAACAGGAGCCUGCAGGAGGGUGACAACUGCUGGUAGUUCAUCUAAAAGUGAAUUAGUAUUGCCACAUCCCCCCCUUCCUUAUUUACGUUUGUGUUCCUGACGGGGCCAGGGGGGGGAAAAGCUGUGAAAUCAUUCAACAUACUUUGUAACCAAAGAUGCAAAGCUGUGUAAAAAAAAAAAAAAAAAAAAAAAUUGAUUAUUUUGAAAAUGCACACAUGUAUUUUUAUUUUUUUUUUGUUACUUCCUCCUUCACGAAAUAUUUUUGUUGCUGUUCAGCAUGUUCUGCAUGAUCUGUAAUCUUCAAACCACUUUCUUACCUCAUUUUUAUUCAGCACUCUUAUUGUAAGAUAGUCUGUGAACAGUGUAAAUGGGGGUGUGGGGGGGACAGGGAGGGGAGGGGAGAUGAUGCGGAGCGGCGAGUGGACGGAGAUAAAAUAACCUAGCGUCACCAACCGACGCUAGUCACAGAGAAAAAAAAUGAAGUGAGCCAUGUUUUGUUCAUUUAAAUGGUGUUUGAAUUUCAUAUGCCAAUAGUUUUGUUACAUUGCAAAUUUUAAUGUAUUUAAAUAAAAGCAAUAUUCAGAUUCAAAAACAAAA